AUGAGCAAUUCACUGGAAGAGCGUCUUCGUGCCAAUUCAAGCGCUUUUGAUGGUUUAUUAGCUUUAAUUCCUGCGAAAUACUAUUACGAUGAAAAAAGCCAAGACCAAUGGAAGGCCAAGAAGAAAACGAAAACACAAAGUAAAAAUGACAAAGUGAAGAAACUGGAUCCUGAGCAACGUGAUGAUGAAACAUCUAGCGCAUUGGAGGUUAUGAAAAAGAAGGAAAAAGAUGCAAAACCAAUUGUUUUGCCUGGUGAAAAAUUCAAGCAGAUGCAAAUGCAGGCGCAAAAGGAAGCGACAGUUGAAGAAGUGAAGAACUCAGACUUAGAGGGGAAACAAGGUGGCCCUGUUAUGAUUGCACCUGUAGAAGGAGAUGAGGAAGAGGAUAUCAAAGUAAUCUUUGAUGACGAAGGAAACGAAAUACCACUAGAGUCUAAAAGAGUUGACAAAGAAACUGAUAACGGCGAUGAAAAGAAAACUAUUACAGAAGAAGAGAAGUUACAGAAGAAGAAAAACUUAGAGACACUACGUUCUAAGUUGCAAGCCAGGAUCUCUGACAUGAAGACUAGAAGGAAGGCGCCCGGAUCUAGAGAGGCUAUUCUUGCUCAAAGGAAGCGUAAGGAAGAGCUGAAGAAGAGAAAGCGUCAGGAAAGCGAACAGGAACAGGAACAAGACGAAAAUGGGUCUGAUUCCGAUGUGGACGAUAUCGAUAGUGAUUUAGAAAGCAAUCCGAAGAGAAAAUCCAAAAAAGCCAAAAAAAAUUCGGAGAUCAAUGCAGAUGGUGUAAUUUUUCAGAAUAUCAUAUUUGAUGAUGGUGCAAGGGCCACAUCAGACCUACAAAGACUAAGAAAAGCUGGUAGGACGAGAGGCCCCGCUAAGAACGAUAUUAAAUCACAUCUAAAGUUAUUAGAGGCGAAGAAGAAUAAAAUGGAAGCAAAAGACGAAUUAGAGCAAAUCAAGCUAAAGGAAAAGGGAAAAUGGCAAAAGGCGAUGCUGCAAGCAGAAGGCGUUAAGGUCAGAGAUGACGAAAAACUUCUUCGCAAGGCUAUAAAGAGAAAAGAAGCGCAGAAGAGGAAGUCGGCCACAGAAUGGAGCGAGCGUAAGAGGGUCGUGGAAGACACGAUAUCUGAAAGACAAAAAAGAAGAGAAGAAAAUUUGAGGAUUAGGAAAGAUAACAAAGGUAAAAAGAGAAAUAAGCAAGAAAAGAUGAAAAGAAAAUACGUUGGUAGCGCUGUACCAAAGAAAAGAGCUGGGUUUGAAGGUAGGUUGAAAACCGGCAAUAAAAGAGGAGGAUCCAAAUGA